AGCGCGUAUUGCAGCAGUAUACGUUCACCACGUUUUUAGGUGUUAAAUACAUAAAAACGUAUCCAAGACCAUCCCCUUAAACACCGCCAAGUUUGUAAAGAGGCCGAUAUAGCAAAGUGUCCUUACAUCGCCCUUAGUAUUACCACCUUACAUUUAACCUAGACCGUGGAAAUUUUUUUUAAUGUAAAACGGCGAGCGGGAGGACAGGCGGUAAUCGAUCUCGGGAUUUUUUUUACAGCAGUUACGAAUUGAUCAGUUACUGUACUGCGUACCCAAUAUUGAGGGAGUAGUACGGAGGUCAGAUUUCAUAUUUAACCAUUUAUAAACACUGAAAUGGAAUAAUAAAUAUUGUGUGUUUAAAAUUACGUUUAUUGUUUAAUGGCUAUGAAUGAUGAAGUUCAUAUUUCAAUCACAUACCAUAAGAGCGAUGCGGUGUUAUAAUUAAUACACAGCAUCGUAUUUGUAUAAAAUGUCACGUUGAUUUGUACCAUGGUAUGAAUGGAGGUAGGCGAGUCCAUGACCAAUAAAUGAAUGAAAAAGAGGGGGAGCUGUUUACAUUGCUUUCUUAAGGUAGGCUAUUUAGUGGUGCUUUGUAACUUGACGUUUAAAGUUAAUAAUGGUUAAAUGGCGAUUUUAAAAAGCAUAACAAUUAGAAGAAAAAAAAACAUCUCCAUAAAAAUACUAUAUCGGGAAGGCACCCUUUUGCUAUAGCAUGGUAUAGUCCAUUCGGAGGUUUGUAUAUAACUACAACACUGGAAUUUCCAUUUGCAAUAAAAAAGGAUUCCGCAGGAACCCAUUCACAGUUCUCCAUUAGCUUUGCCAAGCCAUCUGGGUAUGUAAGGUCAGACGCCUGACAGCUACACCCAGAAGUCCCGUAAGAGGUUUGGUGAGGCUAGACCAUGCCGGAGCAGAGCAACGACUACCGGGUGGUUGUGUUUGGAGCGGGUGGGGUUGGUAAGACCUCCCUGGUCUUGCGCUUCGUCAAAGGCACCUUCCACGAAAUCUACAAACCCACCGUGGAGGACACCUACCGGCAGGUGAUCAGCUGCGACCGCAACGUCUGCACGCUGCAGAUCACUGACACGGCUGGCAGUCACCAGUUUCCCGCUAUGCAGCGUCUGUCCAUCUCCCGGGGUCACGCCUUCAUCCUGGUGUACUCCGUCAUCAGCCGACAGUCCCUGGAGGAGCUGCAGCCCAUCUACGAGCAGAUCUGUCAGAUUAAGAGCGGUGACACACAAGGCCUACCCAUCAUGCUCGUCGGUAACAAGAGCGACGAGAGUCAGCGAGAAGUGGCCGUCGGCGAGGGCGAGGGCCUGGCGGCUCGCUGGAGGUGUUCUUUCAUGGAGACUUCCGCCAAAACCAACCAUAACGUACAAGAACUUUUCCAAGAGCUCCUCAAUCUGGAGAAACGGCGGGCGGUGUGCCUGCAGGUGGACGGUAAGAAGUCCAGGAUGUGGCGGUCCAGGGAUCGGCUAAAGGGCAAGUGUGAUUUAAUGUGAGCGCCACGUGUCAGUAAUGGUCCUUGAUGUUGUAACAAUUUGUCAGACACAUUUAGCACAAUGGCUGCAUGCCGCCGCCUUUCAGUAACCACUCAUUCUUUCAUGUUUCACCUUUUUGCAAUACAGACCUACAUUAUUACAAGGUCGUUUAAAUGACUUUUUAACCAAAGGAGUUGGUUACAUAUUUUGAAUAUUGAUAUUAUAAAUGCACUACUAAAAAGAAAAAAGAUUAUAAGGCAAUAUGUAAAAUCUUAUAAUUUAGUUUCAGCUGACAGUGUGUAAUGAAGAGUUUCUAAACUGAAUUAUUUUUGUUUUUAAAUUGGGGCUGUGUAAUUGUACAUUCAAUCAUAUAAUAUUUUAUUCUAAUUUAGGGGUUUAUAUAAAUGCAUAAUGAAACAUUUGAGUAAUAAAACUGGAAUCUCAACUGUAAGUGACAUUAAUGCCAUAAUCGUUUUUAAUAGUCAUUUUUCCACAAGCGAUGUAAUCAAGGAAAUAAAGCAAAUAAAAUCA